UUUGCUGUCACAGACAAAAGUGCGCUUGUAGUUUUAAUCUCUAAAAGGGUCCACAGGGGGAUAUUUGUCGAGUAGCUAACGGUUUUUAGCAGAAGAGUACAGACUUGUGUACAAUGGCAGGACAUGAAAGCCAAUCCACGAAGCGGCAUUGGGAAUCUGCAGAUUACGAGCCUUCACUUCCUGUUACAGAGAAGUCCAACCCUCUAACAUGUGAUAUCGACAGAGCUUCAGCUAACAGCAUUGUGAGGAUGUUGCAGGUCUGCGAUGCAGAGAUUUUUAUAAAAGAAACCGGAUCAAGCUACCAGAGACUUCUGAGUGACCAGGUGGUGAAAACGUUAAUGGAUGUAGCAGAGAGGGUGGAGCUCAUACUGAAGGAUCCUCAGGACAGCCUUGUUGUAUUGAGCGGCUGUGGGACUUCUGGUCGACUGGCUUUCCUCAUCACGUCAGGUUUCAACAGAUCUCUGAGGCAGCUGAACCACAGUUUGGUCUAUACCUACAUCAUUGCAGGAGGGGACAGAGCUCUGCUUUCCUCCCAAGAGGCUCCUGAAGACGACCCCACACUGGGCAUGCUUAGUCUGAAGAAGGUGUGUGAGGGAAAGAAGAGAGUCCUGUUCAUCGGCAUUUCCUGUGGAUUAUCUGCUCCAUUUGUGGCAGGCCAGCUGGACUUCUGCAUGCAGCAUCCUGAAGUUUACACUCCUGUACUGCUAGGCUUUAACCCUGCACAUCAAGCCAGAGCUGAGCCCAUACAAGGCUGUACAUUCACAUUUCGCAGCAUUGUGCAAAGGAUGCAAGAGCUCGUCCAAAGGCGACAGGCUUUCCUCAUCAACCCGGCGGUCGGGCCGGAAGCCAUCAGCGGCUCUUCCAGGAUGAAGGGAGGCAGCACCACUAAGAUUCUCCUGGAGGUCAUCCUGUCUGCUGCUCACGCUGCCACUUUCUCCAGCACACCAAUCACUUACAAUGGUAUUCUACAGCAUUUGAGAGAAUAUGAGAAAACUCUGGACAUCACAUACUCACAGAGAGAGGGGAUAAUUACUCUGGUGGAGGCUGCUGGACAGAGUUUGCUGUCUGGCGGCCGUUUGUGCUACCUGGGCUGGGGAUCCCUGUCUUUACUGGGUCUUAUUGAUGCCAGCGAGUGUAACCCCACCUUUGGAGCAGACUAUGAGGAUGUUCGAGGCUUUGUCAGCGGUGGAUACAAAGAGCUGAACAACAAUGAAGGUCCUUUAACUUCUCUGGGUCCUAGUUUCUGCAUAGCACAUGAGGAUUUCCUCCGUCAUGUCCUGCCCUGUUUGACUGACAGAGACACUGUCUUCCUCAUCUACACACACUCUGACAAUGUCAGUGAAGUGUUGAAGUUGGCACAAAAAGUGAGAGAAAAGACCUUGAACCUCCACGCUGUUUACCAUCAGUCUGACGGAGACACGGCAGCUGUACAGGAUCAAAUCAAUACGCUGUGUUCAUCCACACUCAACUUCACUUGGUUUCGGGGAACUCCUGCUUUAGGGAGCUUACUGCACAUGCAGUGGGAGCUGUCCACUAAGCUGGUGCUGAACGCUGUGAGUACUGGAGCUCACAUCUUAAAGGGGAAGAUAUACCAGAACCACAUGAUGGACGUGCAGGUUAACAACAGCAAACUCUACCGUAGAGCCGCACGUUUACUCCAGAAGCUGUCUGGUCGUCCAGAGUCACAAUGUGAGGAGGCCCUUCUGAAGGCCGUCUAUCGAGUGGACAAUCUAACGAAGGACAUUACAUCCUGCGACAUCACCAUGCAUACUCGUGCUGCCAAAAAUGGGAGGAAGGUGGUCCCAUUGGCUUUGGUCUGUUUGCUGACUGGUUGCUCUGUAAAGGAGGCGGAGUCUCACCUGGAGCAGAGACCCAUUGUUAGGGAGGCUGUGGAGGUGUGCUUGUCAUAACUGAUGUCAUUAUCAGAUUCUGUCCAUUCAUAUGAAAUUAAUCUAUACAAAUCACCUGAUCGUUCCCAUAGACUAUGUAUGCUAUUGUUGGUGAAAACAGGAAGCAGGUGAUUGGUUGCUCAGCUGUGACUGCUGACAAACAGAUCUCAGUAUUUAGUGUAAUUAUGAUGGCCGGUUACACAUAAUUAACUGUUUUGGUGAAAUAAAACAAUAACUAACAACACUAGUAGGUGAAGGCCUAAACUCAUGGUUGGAGAGGUUAAGCUAGCUGUGAAGGUGCUAAAGGACAGGCUAGUUGAUUCCUCCUGCUAAAGCUAAGCUAAUCAGCUGCAUAGAUUUGACACACACAUCAAUUUGUCAUGUAAUUAUUGUAAAAAGAAAAGAGACAUAUUUAGAUUAAUCACAAGCUUCAUAAAGAGAAAAUACUUUGUAUUUCGAUGUUUGUUCCUUUUCUCUUUAAGCUAGCUGUUUCCUCCAGCUGUAGCUAAGCUAAUUGAAAAUUCACAAGUGAUGUCACUGCGGCUUUCACUGCCAUUUUGGGAGGACCCGGCUAUUGUUUUCAUUGGCCCUUUUAAGGUUUCUUAUUAGUAAACUGUGUUAAAAACAUGGAAAAAAGGACUUUACCAUGAUAAGCUAGCAAGAGAGGUGAAGAGUCGUUACGAUGCAGAAACGUUAAUUAUUAUUAACUUAGAUCCUUACAAUCGGCUGAACAAUGCAUUAAGAACAACACUGGGACUCAUAAUCAGAGAACAUCAAAUGAUCGCAGUCUGGUGGAGGACAAAUAUGUUCUCAUGUGCACAUGCAGUAUCAUCCAGAUCUGCACUGCUGCAUUUUAAAUCACGUACUUAUUGCGUCUGCAGCCAGUAACCCUUUCUACAUGAAUUCCCAGGUGUACCACCUCCCAUGUUCUCUCAUCAUCCCGUUCAUCUUUCUUAAAUGUUGUAAAUGCAGCCGUCUUUACUUCUGCUCACAUAUAGCCCAAACUGUCCUUUAUAUCCAACCCACGGUCAGUCAGAAGCGCAUCAACCAGAGAAGUUUCCAUGUCUAUAUGUAAAUGUUUACACAAAAUUGACAGAUUUUAACUGGAUUUUAAGCUUAUAACUCUAAUGAUUCAAUGAAUUUUUAACUGUGCCUUCAAUGAAAGGGACCAUACAUUUUUUAUUAUAUUGUGAACUAGAAAAAUUGUCGGUGUGUAUGAUUAAUACAACAGGGAGUGUUUGAGAAGUUAUUUUUAAAAUGAAGAUGUAUAAUGUGAGACUGUUGCACGGACUGGAAAGUACACCAGCUGUGUUUUUUUUAUCAAAUGGAAACAAACGGGAAUUCCUCAUAUAUUCAGAAACCUGCAACAUAUAGACUUUUUUUCCUGUGUUAAUUAUAAAAUCUGUUUCUCUGAAUGAUCUGUUUGCAGUUUGCCUUUCAUGUGUUUCAUAUGUGAUAUUGUUCCUUUAAAAUUCAGAAAAAGCU